AUGAGCCUUUAAUUAGAAAAGCAUAUAAAACAAGAAAUGAAAAAGAAGUAUAAAUAUUAAUUUAUUGAUAAUUUAGCUGUUUUUAAAAGGUUUGUCCAAUUGAGAUAUCAUAGUUACCAGUGACAAGUGUUUACCAUCACUAGAAUAAGCAAUUGAUGUAACAAUUCCAAUUUGACCAUCUAGUUUUUACAAUAGGCUUCCAGCUCUAAAAAAUUAGUUGUAGAUUUAGAUGACUUAAAUUGGAUUAGUAUGA